AGCCAGGAGCUUAACAUGGAAUGCAUGCGGCCUGCCCUGCGACCCGAUGUUAACUUGACUUCAACCCCAAACCUCGAAAUCAAACAUCGCUCAAACUCGCCAUCGCCAUCUUCCUCCCGCUUGAUGACCAGGCCAUGAUACUGGAGACUCGCCGAUCACUUCGGCCAUGACCGCUACUCCCUCUCUGGCUCCGGCCGUACCUCCUGCCCGUCCGCCAGCCCCACGCCCCAAAUCGGUUGCCUUUGAUACCGAGUCGCCGACCUCUGCCGAUAUGGCCUCACCUACUCGUCGUCCGUUACGCUCUAAUGCUACCGAUCCCUUGUCCGACCGAGCGACUUCGCUUCUGAUACGUCGUACCCUCUGCUCCCCUCAGCUGGGAGAGAAGAGCCGCGAUUCGCAAGUGCCUAUCGACGAGCUGCUUCCACCAUUGACUAGUCGCAAUGAUGUCGACCUUCAGUUGUACGCCCUGCUCGCUAUUAUCAUGAGAGAAUUCGUGCAGAGCUGGUAUAGCAAAAUCACUACGGACGAACACUUUGUAUCAGAGAUAUUGCACAUUAUCGCCCACUGUUCGCGGGCCUUGGAACAGCGGUUCCGCAAGGUUGAUCUGGAGAGCUUGGUGUUGGACGAGAUACCUGACUUGCUGGACAAGCACAUAACGUCCUACCGGAUCUCUCAUAGCCCUAUCGCCAGACAGCCUGUUGAGGUCGACCCUCGAGAGGCCUACCACGCCAUGUGCCCUCUGCCACACCUUGCACCAGUCCCCCACCCAGACUGCCCAGACACGAUAUCCGACCAGAAAGAGAAUGAAGCAUUGUAUCGCCAGUUGCUGGUUCAGGGCGUCCUCGCGAUCCUAUUGCCCACAGAAGACCUCGAGAACCCUUGUCUCACGUCUCUCGUUGAACAGAUCUUUUCGGAGCUUAUCAUUGGUAACGUUAUAGCCAAUAAGGCCUCUCAGCCAUGGAUGCUGUAUGAGGGCAUCUGCAUCACGGCCAGGGUUUUGCGACAGGGAAAUGACCAAGGGGUAGUGGUUGCAGAGACCCAAAACGAUUCCGGUGGGCCCAAGAUUGACGUAAAAGGCCGUCGCAGCUGGUCUGUAAGGUCUAUGUUCCUUGCCGUUAUUCAGCUUGGGAUGCUGGUAGUUGCCUCGCUCCGGUUUAUCACGACUGCUCUGGUGAUGGCAUCGUCUCUUCCCGCUAGGGCCACGCCCUUGGACGAGAAAGAAGCUUUGCUGGAUCACGACAAGUCUCCGCCGAGGUCAUCCGACCCCGUUAAGGCGCCGAUCCUAUCGUGUCGAGUAUGGACAUGUCUUGGAAAUCUGUUUGAGCUCAGCUUGCGCAUGCCUUGGCUGGAUGGAUUUCUAUCACUUUUACAAUACGGCGCGGUCAACGGACCUGGACGAAUCGCUGGCCAUGAUGGCCCUAUUGACAGGUAAGAUAUGAGCGUUUCUAUUCCACUUCCUCACACCUAUACCGUCACCAGACAGUAUUCACCUCGCAUGAGUUUGAAGUCACGGGACCUCCUGAAGCUCCAGUGAGCUUUCAGAACAAUAAUUUCUUCAGCGGCACAGGCAUGGUCAAACGGCCCGCCUUGUCUUGGGAGCGGCCCAUGCCGUCUAUAACCUCUUCCAUACCGCCAUCUUCGCACGCCCACGCAACCCACAGCCCACAAUUACAACACGAGGAUAAUCAAACCAAGACAAGACCCUUUUUCUUGUCAUGUUUCUCGUGGUCGCGAUCAUGAUUGAUAUGGGUCUCGGGAUUUGGGCUUUCAACCAAUCGAAAGGCAUAGCGCUGUCUUUGGCAUCUGAUUGCUUGACAAGGUGCACGAAGCUAGGCCUUUUCAUCCAGCGAAAUGUCAAGAUUACGCGCCCUGCCCAUGUCAGCUUCUCCAAAGGGACCACCCGCUCUUUGAAGAUGCAGCAAUGAGCUUGAAUUGACUCUCGCUCCGUGCCGCGCCACCCGUUAUAAGACUACCUUUAUCAUUUCCGAAGAGGUUAUGCUAUGCUAGCCUGUUGAAACCAUACUCAAGAUUUCCACCGCAGUCUUGGCCACAACACUCGCGAACCUUCCAGGAGCGGUCUGGCUUGACCGGGCUGGUCUGACCGGUCGGCCUCAACUCUUUCUCAGAACCCGAGACAUGUUGGGUCCAUCAGAGUCUUCUGCACCCUCCACGCGGAGCUGUUACACGAUCCUUGACGAUGAAGGAGUGGUUCGAGAACAGGGCUGACUGGUCAUAUGCUACCCACACUCAACCGCGGCCUGAUUGUAAACCUGUUGUGUAAUCUCACAUCUCUAUCUGCAUGAGAGACCUUUACCGACGCGGACGACGAAUGUGCCUCCUCAUCCAUUUCCCCGCACCUUGCAAGCCUCGCCUUGUAGAGCUUUCCCUGGUCCCAAUUAGGUCCAUAUCCAUCUAACGUGGGACGGAUCAACAUGGAGACACCACUUUAUGCGCCAGCCCAGAGAGAGUGAAAGCCAAUAGGCCAAUAACUGCCUCGUCUCGCCUUGAGCUUUGUUGCUCACCCUCACAUUGCAUUGCAUUGCAUCGCAUCACACCAGCUAGCCCGACAUACCCUCGACGUGCCCCUUAUUGCAUAUAACGUUCCCGAUCAUUGAACCCCCCACGUUGUACUACCUCAAAUACAGAGUAAGGCCAAUACGUGCUAACCUAUCUCUCUCUCACAGACUCCUCUCGCAUCACAUUAAUUCCCUCUUCUCUCCCUCGAAUCUGCCCCCUCUUCUGCGUACCCUUCGCGGUGUCCUCUUUCCCAAUAACGCCCCUGGUAAGACCACCUUGUUCCCACCAUCUUCCGAAGCCGAGCUGCAAGCCCUGCGUCGUAGAGCCGCUAAGUCUCUUUGGGGGUUGCUACCGAAGGGUGUGGGAAGGCUUUAUUUUGGUGGUCGCUUAUGGCGGCGAAGUGCGGAGAGCGAGUGUGAUUUAUCAGAUGACGAGGAUCUGGUAGAUGAAAUGGAGAGGCUGCUUCUUGUGCUAGACGAUGAGUACUGCAACAAGCAUCUGAUGUACAGCAUUCUUGAGCUGCUACUUGCUCGCCUGAUGCCUGAACUGACGGAGAAAAGUGUGACGGAGCUUUGGGAAGAAAGACUUGGCUGAAUAGAUCUGUAGACGCUCUUUUAGAUUGAUGAUACCCCUUUGUUGACAAGUUAAUAAUGCUUAAUCAGAGUUAAGAGAAAUCACGGCAAUAUGGAACGAUAAGGGUCAAGACCAAGGACAUUCCUAAAUGCACAAAUGCCGCCCAUUCAACUAAAGAAAGGAUGCCCUCGACUGCCAGACAUUUGACUACCUCCAGUACACCCCUGGAGCUGCUCGUGGGCUACGCUCAACCAAAAUCAGCACUCAUUUCCUCAACCAAAGAGCCUCUUCGGUCUCUUUUCCGUUGCCGCCCUGAAAACCACAGCGACCUCAACAGGGCGCUUCGUAAACCAUGUGCCACCUCGUUCCCCGUAACGUGUCAUGCCAUACCAUGCCAUGCCGUGCCUCGCAGCAGAUACCUUCUCGUCUUUGAACAGAAUAUAGACAAGAAAUGAUGAUGAUAUAAAGAAACGAGCGUAUGCGCAGACAAUUAAUCCCUCCACGUCAAUGCCGUAAAAUGCAACCAGGAAAAAAGAAGAGAUGUGUAUGAGUAAAAAAGAACAUUCAGAAAAGGAAACAAACAUUGACAAACGCAUCAUGUUGCGUUGCCCCUUAAACUGUUGUUGCCGAGAUCGUCGCCCUGAUGUGUACCCCUUCCCUGCUACCAUGUUGUCCUUGACCUCAUCAUUUCCACCUAUUUCUGAUCCUUUGCCUCUUCCUUCACACCUCGUAUUCGAAACGAGCAGUUUUGAAUUGUAGCUUCGUGUGGACGACUGUUUGUAUAUGAUUCUUCGGGCUCGCGCGAGCGGCAGAAUAAACUUUCCAAGCGUGGUAUCGAGUAUAAGAAAAAGUUCGCUCCCGUUAACCUGGGGUUUCUGUUAUUUUAAUUUCGGUUUUUUUUUUUUCAAUAAAUAGUCGGCCAAAGUGCGGUUGGAAAUGCAAAACAGACUCAACAAACACUUCAAAUCGUGGCCAAUGCCAUCAGAUUUCGAAUGCUCUUAUAGUCCGUUACCCGCGUGAGCAGGACGCUGACCCAAAAUGGCCCCAACCACGAUAUUCUAAGCUCCCUUAUGCCCUCGGGGAAAUCCCAUUUGAAAAGAGACUUGAUUGAUAAGACAUAGGUACGAAAAAGAAACACACAGUCAAUGCUAUGAGUAUGGCCCGACUUCAAGCCGAUUCCAUCUUCGUCGGCAGGAGGACAGGGGCUUCAACAUCACCUUCCGGGAUUCGAGACAGUCCUCCUAUCGACGGUCUACCUUGGUGGAUCUUGAGCUUUUUGGUCAGCUGAACGAUUGACAUAUAAUCGUUGGAAUCGAAAGUGCCAGCAGUCUGGAUGUAAUUCAGGAGUGUCUGUGCAGCCCGGCGGGCGUCCUCCUGGGAGGGCGAGACUGGAGAUGAAUCGACAGGUGUGGAUGAAGUAGCACUUGUCGCUGCUGUGGAUCGAUUUAUACUUGAGUUGCUGCUACUGCGGCGCAGCAUUGGAGGGGGUGAGUUGACGUUGGUAUCGAUACUAAACGGCGCCUGAAGUUCAUGCUGCGGCGAUUCUAAAGCCGACGACGGUGCGGUCGAAGAUGGAGGGUGGCGAGGAGUCAUUGGUUCCGUUGACGAUGAGACUUGAUUCACGUAGUCAAUGUUGAGUGACGGGAAUGUGUUGCUUCUCUUCUCUCUGUGCUGGAAGUCGGUACCUCGAAGUUGAUCCAUAGGGAAACCUCCUACAUUGGGGUCGGGAGAGAAAGUGAAAGUUCCAGUCGGGCUCAUGGUGCCAGCUGAGAAUGAAGAGGCCGUGUUAUCUCGAAAGUCGCUCGAAAGUGAAGUUGUUGACUGGGACUCGGGAUGCUUAUACCCGAAGUCAAAGUCUAUUCCAUCAGCGUGUGCCUCCUCAUCGCUCCGACUUCCUGAAAGGGGUGAAAGCUGGCCCGUUGGCGAAGGCGAUAAAUCGCUCGACUUCGAGGCAAGUGUCGAGAGUCUUGCACUAUCCGGAAUGUUUGCCUCUGAAGCCCGCCGCAUCAACUUGCCUGGUCCAAUUCCAUGCUUUUGUUUAAAUUUCUGCAGCCAGCUGCUAUUCAAAUUGUUCAAGACACUCUCCUGGUUUCCACUCGCAUGAGCAAAAAGCCUCGCCUGUUCCAUAAUCUCCUCGUCGCUGACUUGGAAUCCUCGUUGUUGCUGUCUCCUGACGUAGUUGCUGAGUGUCCGGUCGAAAUCUGGAUGCUUGCCCUUGCCACGCUUGACAGCGGCAUUUUCUGGCUCUUGGUCUCGCUUUAAAUACUGAUCUUUAUGCCUCAAAACCUUCGAAACCGUGCUGUUGUCAAGUUUGUCAGAUUCUCCAUGGCAAAUUGUAACUUUGGAUCCAAAAUGCCUACCUUCUUUCAACGCCGAAUCGGGCUCCAAUAUCGGCUUGUCGGGUACCAGGGUUAUCUUCAUGGAAUUGGCACAUGGCUCGUUUCUGUUCCGUGGUAAGAGUCUUCCUCGAUUUCUCGUGCUGUGUCGGUAACCUAGGGGGUUCCACGGGCGGUGCGCUGGUAGCAGGUGUCAUUGAUAAUGGUGGUGCCGAGUAACUCUGUGGCGGAGCCGGGUUUGUCAGCUGGCUCGGCCAAGUUGUAUUCAGAAGGGGGAGUUGAUGAUGAGCCAUAGGAGUUGGGGAUGGCUGUAUCAUCUGAUGUGUUUGCGGUGGUGGAGGAGGCAUUCGAUUUAAUGAUUCCGAGGGCAGUCCAUGACUGACAAAGGCGCCAAAGGAUGGAUAUUCAGUCAAGGGACUUGCGCUAUAUGGGCUCUGACUGUAAGGGCUCAUGCUUGUCCAGGCAUCGCUCCCAUAUCCAUUACUCUGGGCCAUGGUGCUAUCAUGUCCCAUUGUAGUUGUCCCAUUGGGGUUGUUCAUUGUUUGUAUGUGCUGCCUAGCUGGCACCGGAUAAGGAAAAGGAGGCUUUGAAGCCGUUUAAUAUUAUGAUAGAUCCAACAGUCUCGUCUGCAAGAAUUAUCGGGGAACAAGAUGUGAAACGGUGGGUGCCGAGUUCCUGGAAGCUGGAAGCGAAGAUGGAGGGAACAAAAAGACUUGGUGUGAUGUUGCUCACAUUUGACACCAGUCGAUGGGGAGAUGCAUCGUCUUGCCCGAAUUGGUUCCUAAAAGUGCAAAAGUGAAUUGAAUCCAGGUUUACCGUCGAUCCCUCCAGUUCCAGCUCAGGGCAAUUUGUUCCGUGCUAGAUAGGAGUUGAUUAUAUUGCAGCAAACCUUUUGCACAGCCCAACGAAGCGCACGAACAACGCAGGCACUCAAACCCGCAGCAGAUUCAGCCUCAACGACGGUGCAGUGGAGUUUAGAACUCGUCAGGCCGCAGAAAGUUGACCUCAACUUCUGACCCUCGAGCCGGUUGUUUGUUUGUGAGCCCUUUCUUUCUCCGACAGGAAAAGGCUUGUCUUUCAACGCGCAAGCACACCAAAGUGAGACACAGCGGGAAGUUUCUUUUACUUGCUUUUUCCUCGUUGAGCUCGUGGAGAUUGCGGAGACAGCAGAACCGUCUCAGGAUAAACGCGGCAGGGCAAUGUACAAAGGCAAGACAAGAACAGAUUGAGUCGGUGGAGGGUGGGCCGGCGGAUGAGGAAAGCCACAGGGCAGCGAGCCGUAACGAUGCCUAGAAAAGACCGCCAGUAGCUCGAUCCGGACGGCAAUCUCAAGACAGAGUUUUGAUGGUGGACCGCAAAGCUUGAGGCGGACGUUCCAACACGAGGCCAGGCCGUUAGGAGUAUAUCGUUUUCAAGAUGUGUAGUGUAGUGCAAACAAGCGAGACCUAAAGCCAUUCGCAUUGCUACAUAUGUAAAGAUGAGACCCCAGAGGUUGACCUUCUCCAUAUACAUAUGCAGAACGCACGAGGAAUACCGACGAGGGUGUGGGGGGUUUUCCUCACAAGGGGGGAGGGGUGUCUCCUGUAACUGAGCGAUCAAGGAGUGGUGUGUGUGGGAGGGUAGUGGGUAAAAGCCAGAAAGCUGUACAGAGUAGACAACUGAUGAAUUCUGAAGACGCCGUCUAAGUGUGUGUACAUGUGCAUUUAGGUGUGGAUGAAGCUGAUAAAGACGGAGAGUGGCUCAAAUCGUGUAUGACAGGACGUUGAACGCUCAGCGGGAGACUUCACGCGUGUAGGCAAGACAGAGGCUCACACACAGACACAUACUCACCGGCCAACAAGCGCA